UUGCAUAGAUGAGUAAAAUGGAGGAAAGAGUUUUGAGCCUUGAGCACCAAGGAAUUGUGAUGGAGAGGGAGGAAUUGAUGAGAAAGAAGGUUUUUCAUCAAACAGUCGACAAAUUUUACUGGGCUACUCUUAUAUAGUAGUCCGGCGACUUUACAAUGAAAGAAAGAACUAGGAGAAAAGAAAUUCAAAUGAAUUUGGUCAAAUAUUUUCCGCAUAGAAUCAGCAAUUUGAUGAUAUUAGGAGAAGAGUUAUGUUCUUGAUCUAAUUCUUUCGUGGAUUUGACCAAAAUUGCUUCUAGAGUUGAAUUUGGAAUUACUCUAAAUAAUAUGGUAAUCAAUUUAUCACAACUCAAGAAAAUUUUAGUUGCCUUUAAGCAUCUCGAAACAUUGAAUCUCGACAAAUGAAAGCUCUCAAUUUCUAAACUCUUUGAUUUCUCAGAGGCUCUCAAAACACCAAGCUUAAGAGAUUAUCUUUUGAAAAAUGUGGGCUAGUUUGUAGAAAUAAUUGGAAGAAAAACAAACAUGAGUUUGGAAACUUAAUCAGAAGUUUGGGCACUUCAAGAGAUUUUGAAUCAAGUUUGCAGUAUAUAUAUGAUCAAAAUUGUAGACUAGACAAGGUCUUCGCUAGGGAAGUUUUAGUAGAGAGUGGAUUUGGACAUAUUCGGUUCUAUUAAGUUAAUUAUUAACUUUCAAUAUC